GCGCGCGCGCGAAGGAGAGCGGUCGGUCGCCCUUGGCUACGGCCAUGGCGCUGCAGUGGCGGCGGCGGUGGUGGCGAGCGCCCGAGGGGCUGCGGUGGCUGGCGCUAUGGGGCGUCCUCCUGUGCCUGCGGCCGGCGGAGGCCCUGCUGGAAGGCUUGUACUGCGGGAAGCUGGUGUGCUACGACGUGCUGGGCGUGAGCCGGGAGGCGAGCAAGGCUGAAAUCGCCCGCGCCUACCGGCAGCUGGCCCUCCGCUACCACCCGGACCGGCAGCGCGACCCGGAGCCAGGCGGCGAGGCCUCGGAGGAGAAAUUCCUCCUCAUCGCCACCGCCUACGAGACCCUCAAGGAUGAAGAAACUCGUAAGGAUUAUGAUUACAUGUUGGAUCAUCCUGAGGAGUAUUACAGCCAUUACUAUCACUAUUACAGCAGAAGACUAGCCCCCAAGGUAGACGUCAGAAUAGUGAUUCUAGUCACUGUCUGUGCCAUCUCAGUUUUUCAGUUCUUCAGCUGGUGGAGUAGCUACAAUGAGGCUAUCAACUACCUAGCAACUGUGCCAAAAUAUCGUAUACAGGCCACUGAGAUUGCCAGGCAACAAGGGCUGCUGAACAGACCCAAAGAAAAGGGCAAAAGCAGACGGUCCAAGGAAGAAAUCCGCAAAGAAGAAGAAGACAUAAUCAAAGAUGUUAUCAAGAACAAAAUAGAUAUUAAAGGAGGCUAUCAGAAGCCCCAACUAUACGACAUACUCUUAUUUCAAAUCCUCCUAACCCCUUUUUACGUGUUUAAGUACAUAGGAUGGUAUUGUUGGUGGAUUUAUUCUUUCAAUAUCAAGGGACAAGAGUAUGGCGAAGAGGAGAAGCUGUAUAUCAUACGCAGAUACAUGAAAAUGUCACAGUCUCAAUUUGACACUUUGGAAGAUCACCAGAAAGAGACUUUUCUUGAACGGCAGCUCUGGAUAAGAGAAAAAUAUGAGCUUUACAAACAAGAACAAGAAGAAGAACUGAAGAAAAAGAUGGCGAUGGAUCCUCGAUGGAAAAGAUAUAGGCGGUGGAUGAGGAAGGAAGGCCCUGGAAGAUUGACAUUUAUUGAUGAUUGACAGUUGCUGUAAUGUGUACAGUCCCUGUUACAGAUGAUUGGCAAACAAAUCCAGACCUAAAAGAGAGUUUAACUGCUGUCUCUCAGCAGUAUUUUUUAAAACUCAGGAAUUAAUCAGGCAGGAAACUAGUACCAUUUUAUGACUUUUAUAUAUAUAUAUAUGUAUAAAAAUAAAAGAAAGU